AUAUAGAGCGGUGACAAAGUGGCGAGCAGCGCGCCCCGGGCAGCAGAGAUCACACGCACAGACAGAGGAGAAGAGAGGAGGACAGCCGCUGACCACAGCAUCAAGCAGGGGAGGCGCGGACAGUCGAGCACCAAGCGAGCCGAGGAAACCAAACAGAGAUGGGCGUCACCUCCCCCUCUCUCCUGUCAGCCUGCAUUUACCUGGCGGCUGCGCUGAUUGGAGGAGCCGGCGCGGAGGGAGUGUGUCUGCAGGACGGAAAACACAAGGCCACGCCCAGUCCAGAGCCCUACCUGACGGAGUGCGGGCUGUACGCUGACAACAGCUGCUGCACUCCAGAAGACAUCCAGGACAUCUCACACGUUCCUUCUGUGAGCAAUAAGAACGAACCCUGGGACAAAUGUGGGCCCCUGAGUUCUGAGUGUGAAGGCUUUCUAAAGCGUGUGUCAUGCUUCUACCGCUGCUCCCCAGACGCCUCCCGCUGGCCUCACCCUCAUCGCCGCUCAUACAUCCAGGCCGUGCCGCUCUGCCACAGCUUCUGCCGUGAUUGGUUCGACGCCUGCAGGAUGGACAUGACGUGCGCUCGCAACUGGGCCAGAGAUCCCAGAGGACACAACUGCACCGGAACCUGCGUUCAGUACCAGCAGAUGUACCAGCACGGCAGGGACCUCUGUGAGAGCCUGUGGGGUGACGCCUUCAUGACCGUGGAGGACGACCCCCAAGAACAGGGAGAAGCUGGAGAAAGUGGCGUGGAGGGUCGCCCCUGUGGCUGCCUGACCCUCAGCCCGUCGGACAAGGAUGUGAUCGCCGCCCUCAGGGCCCAACAGGACGACCCGGAGGAGCUGGACACCACCAAGACCGGCCUGCCUCAGUACCGGGCUCCAUGCAAGACCAAGCUGCCCGUGCAGGGCAAGAGGAAGGGAAACUCGGUGCUGCGCAAACGCUCAGUGGAGAUGGUGGACGUGGAGGGGAGCGGCAGCGGUUUGUAGGUGUCGUAGCCGGUGAUGUGAUUAGAUAUAACAGUCCUGUUCCAGUUUUUAACUUCAAUCCUCUGGCUAGAUUUAACCACAUGUCAGAUAUCUACGUUUCCCAGAAGAGCAGAUCAAUCAAUAGUGAAACAAGCGAAAGAGCAUCAUUUCUGCAAGGGCUCUGAAAGUAUUGAUCCAUAUCCCACGAAAGGUUUUUGUUUCAGCUUAUUUUUGCACUUUUUGCAGCAUCACACCUGCAUGAGUCUCUCCCUUUCCUGACUGGAAUGAACACACGCUGUGAAUGCAUUUACCCAUCUAGUCGACUUCUAACCAAACCAUCGGGACGUAGAGGAGCAGUGUAACCAUCGUAAUGAAUGUAACUUAGCUUUCUAACAGAAGGUGAGAGGUCUGCUGUGAAGAUGACAGUGGAGGGGCAUCCUCAGCACCUGGGGAGGGGUGGUCACAGAAGCUGUGCUGAUACCAGAAAAGGUCGCUCUGGUAGUUUGAUCACCGGUGUUCUGUGAGUGUUUCUUUUCUAAUCAUGUGUUAGUAGUUUAAGGAGACUGCUAGAUGUAAAUGUUUUGUUAAAAUAAAACGUAAAAAAAGGAUUUUUCUGAUGUGUGUGAAGCUUGUUGAAAACAGUGUCUUUGUGCUUUUCUUUACGUUCUCAAUAAAGAGGAAUUUCUAAAUGUCA